AUGGCCCCUCCUCCUAGUCCCAUAGUGAUUGAUGCGCAGGCUGUCAGUGGCAUCACAGGCUCUAUAUCCAUUGCAUGCUGGAUUAUUGUAUUUGCGCCCCAGAUCUAUCAAAAUUUCGUGAGGAAAAGCGCAGAAGGUGUUUCACUGAUGUUUGUGAUUCUUUGGCUAUUGGGUGAUGUUUUCAAUGUGAUUGGUGCGGUGCUGCAGAAAGUGUUGCCAACGAUGAUUAUUCUUGCGCUGUAUUAUACUCUUGCUGACAUAGUUCUUCUCUAUCAAUGUCUCAUAUACGGCCACGAUAAAGGAAUACAGGUCGAUCCUAUUCAUCUCAGCCCGGCCAAUCCUUUAACAGAGGAUGAGCCUUUACUUGAAACAGUGCUAAGCCACGAGAGUUACAACGGGCGCCACGAAGUCGUUAACAACGCCGAAGUGUAUGAUGACGCCGAAAGUGAUGGCAACAAUUUCAACGAUAUUGAUGGUGUCAACAUGACUAGUUCCUGCGAUCGUGACUACGUCAAGGAGAUUUCUUAUAACUUGUUAAUGAUCGCAUUGGUCGUUUUGGCUGGUGUAGGAGGAUGGUUAUUUGAUGGAAGAAGUAAAGGCGACGUUCCUCCUUCUGAUGACCAGUUGACUUUCAAUCCAAUAGCUCAAUUUUUUGGAUGGCUUUGUGCUGCGCUCUAUUUAAUCUCUAGAAUUCCUCAAAUCAUUCUCAACUAUGAGAGAAAGUCCUGCGAUGGUAUUUCCUUCCUUUUCUUUCUCUUCGCAUGCUUAGGUAACAUUACCUAUGUUGUUUCCAUAUUAUCCGUCACUACCGGAAAAAAAUACGUUCUUAUCAAUCUUCCAUGGCUUAUUGGUUCGGUCGGUACUCUCAUUGAAGAUUUUACUAUUUUCUUCCAGUUCUUCUGUUACAGAAAGAACAGCCAAAGCGUAGAAGAGGAACUCUACGACGACCGUGACGAUGACGUGGACUCUACAAACAAUUCGAACUAUAAUGCUGCUUAA